AUGGUGGCAAGUUUUGGCGAUUUAGGAAAGUCGGCCCGUGAUAUUUUUGACAAGAACUUCAGCUUCGGGUAUCUUAACUUUGAGUUCAAAACCAAAACUGAGAAUGAUAUCUCCGUGACAUGUGGUGGCAAACACGACACAAAUGCUGGAAGAGUUUCUGGUUUCUUAGAGUCGAAGUUAAAAGCUGCCCCAGGAGUUCAUUUAAAGACAAGAGUCGAUUCUAAAUGGCUAAUGACAAGUGAAUUAGAAGUCGACAAGAAAUUCCAUGAGGACUUAUCGCAUAAUGUGAUAACUACAAUGGAGCCUGAUUCAGGAGCUAAGUCAUUGUUGCUAAAAAAUAAGUUCAAGAAUGAAUAUUUCAAUGCUAAUCUGGAUAUGAAUUUCAAAUCAAAAUAUCCUCUGAUCACCGGAUCACUCGUAUUGCCCAUCCCCCAUUAUCCUGCAUUUCGUAUUGGCGCACAAGCCGUGGUUGACAGUGAGAAGUCAGAAAUUAGCAAACAUGUUUAUGCAAUCAACUUUAAGCAGUCUGAUGUGCAAGUGCAUGCUACACUCACCGGGCAUUCGGAUGUUGACUUGAGCGUCUUUCAAAAAUUCAAAGACAUGAAACUAGGUUUCCGUGUUGGUUGGCGACCAGACACUCGUGAGACGUCAUUUGGUGCAGCUCUUCGUUAUAAAACCUCUCCUACUGGGAAAGUAAAAGUCAAAAUAGACCAACAUUGCGUAGUUGGACUGGCUUACAAGCUUAAAUUAAACUCAGAUGCGUGUUUGGCAUUGUGCACUCAAUUUGAUGGGAAGAAUUUGGAGAAUGGAGGUCAAAAAUACGGCAUCAUGUUCAAGUUUGGAUCGUAA